AUGGAAACGCAAGUCCCUUUCGUCAACGGUGAAAGCGACUCCCCCAGCAAGUCCAUCCUCACCAUCUCCCUUGCCAAAUACCUCGCUGGUCACGACAUCUCCGAAAUCAUUGAAGAGGAUUGGAGUUCAAAAGCUACGCCUGAGCAGCAGCGAAGAUUUAACAACCAGGGAUUCAACCUCGAUCCUCUCCAUGAGGAAGCCACAUUGGCUGCACUGAACGACAAGUUGCAGGAGCAGGCAUGGGAUGGCGUGAUUGUGGGCUGGUGUACCAGAGGUAGCAAGCAAUUUACCGUUCUGUUCGAAAAGGUCGUACGGCUGGCUGCUGAGGAAGUGGUGAGGAGGGAGAAGAAUCAGCUGGAUGGUGACCGUCCGCUGAAGUUGAUGUUUUGUGAGGGGCCGGAUGACUUGGUGAAUACUACAUUGAGGACAUUUGGGCGGUGA